AUGUCCAACCCCGCCCCGGAAUUCAAAGGAGAUGGCGUCCCCCCCACGCGAUGGAACCGCGAUUUCGAAAAGAAGUCCGAAGAGCUGAAACCGGAUCUGCAUCGCUGGACACGAACAAUACAGAACAUCAUUUCCUUCGACAAGGACGAGGGUAGUUACUUUGGUGUACGCGCCUCGCGCGCCGUCGGAUCGAUAGAGCAGUUUGAAUCGAAAACAUGGGGCAAGGGGGACGGCUUCGUUGUCGACUUCGGCAUACACAUGGUGGGCUUCCUGUCAAUGAAGCUCGACGCCCACGGCUCCCAGAUGGAUGCGCCGUGCCGACUGCGUCUGACGUUCGGGGAGACUCCCCUCGACGUGACGCGGGGUAUGGACAACGUCAAGACGUGGAUCAGCACCGCGUGGCUUCCGGAUGAAAUCAUCAACAUCGACAUGUGUCCGGAGGUCAUCCGGCUCCCCCGACGCUACUCGUUCCGGUUUCUCCGUGUCGAGGUGAUUGAUACGUCAAUCAUGUUCAAGGUCUCCUUCUCUGACGUCGCGUGCGAAUGUGUCAGCGCAGUGAGCCAGGACGACGAGAUCGAGCUGCCGCAUUUCAAGGAGGACCUGAUCGGACGCAUUGACCAGGUCUGCGUAAUGACGCUGCGGGACUGCAUGCAGACCGUCUUCGAGGACGGACCGCGAAGAGAUAGACGUCUGUGGAUAGGCGACCUACGGCUGCAGGCUUUGGCCAACUACAAGACAUUCAGGAACUUUGGCCUCGUCAAGCGCUGCAUUUACCAGUUCGCCGCCAUUGCCCGGGAGGACGGCGCGAUACCUGCAUGCCUGUUUGAGUCCCCCAAGCUCAAACCGUCGUCAGACUACAUUGUCGACUACGACGCCCUGUUUGCGGUGAUAGUGCGCGACUAUGUUGAGGCCAGCGGCGACCUGGAGGCCGGGAAAGAGCUCUGGCCUAGCGUCCUGGGCUGUCUGAAAAAGGCCCUGUCCAACGUUGAGCCGGGAUCGGGGGUAUUCGACGUGACGCGAAGCAAGGAUUGGAAAUUCCUGGACUGGCAGCCUGAGCUGGACCGCAACGCCGGCCUGCACGGUGUCCUCAUCUACUGUCUCAGAGCCGCCAACGGUCUGGCCCGGCUGAUCGGCCGGGACGCACCCUACGAGCAGGAUGUGGCGAACUUGACCAGAUCGGCGGCUGUCUUCCUCUCCGACGCGGGCCUCUUCGUCUCGGGACCCGAGCAGCAGGUCAGCUACGCGUCGGCCGCCUGGCUCACGCUAUCCGGUGCCUUCCCGGAGAAGACGGCCCGGGAGGCGCUUCUGAAAAGCCUGGAGACCCCGGACGCUGUCCGCCCGCUUACCCCGUACAUGUGGCACUACGUCUGCGACGCCCUGUCUUCCGUGGGCUGCGCUGACAAGUGCCUGGAGAUCAUCACGGAUUACUGGGGCAGAAUGGUCGAAGCGGGAGCAGAUACGUUCUGGGAAUACUUCGACCCUGAAGACUGCAUGGGUAGCCCGUACGGCGAUGCGAGAAACAACAGCUACUGUCAUGCGUGGAGCUGCACGCCAACGUACCUGCUCCGUGGGAAGCUGAGUGAGAAGGUCGUCCGAGAGAACUCGUGUUCCAGCACUGUCACUAUUCGCCAACUUGACGAUGCGUGGGUGACGCGGAGCGGUCGCCGGUACUCUCUAAAGGAUGACUGA